AUGCAAAAAAACCGGCCGGAGGAUGCGUUCAACCAAGGCGACACGCAAGACCUCCGGGGCCGCCCUAUGACACCCCUCACCGAUGAUGCGAUCCAGCUGGCUAACUCAUCCCAUCAGAUGCCAUCCAGCCCCCCCAGUAGUAUACUGCCACCCAUAAACCUGCGAGCACGGAGUCAUAGAUCACGCCGGACCAUCUUUCGCCGUUUCUCUUCCCGGAGGACCUUUCGCUGGCUCCGAAGGUGGAUCGGCUGCGACCUUAACUUCUACAGAUGCCAUCUCCUCGCCUUUAUCUUCAUCCCUUUCAUCUUCGCCAUCAUCUUUUAUCUCGCCCACACCCUCAACCAGCCUGAAGUGGAGAAACCGGCGUUUAUUGACUGCUUAUUCAUGUGUCAUAGUGCAAUGACUAUGACCGGGUUGAACACUAUCAUGCUGUCAUCAAUAAAUCGCUUCCAACAGGCUCUACUCUACAUCCUAAUGUCCAUUGGGAGCACCACGAUGAUUUCGAUGAUUAUGAUUUACAUUCGGCUAAGGGCCUUCAAGGAGCGCUUCAAGGCGAUCAUUAACUCCAGCACGCCUCUUACUAUAUCACAUCCAAUCCCGAUCAACGGUACCCCUCCUCAGCUGAAGUUCCCGACAAUAAGUUUGAGAGGGGAUCCUGAUCAUGUGCCUGCUCUGGACAAAUCACGAUCUGUCUCGGCAGAGGAAGCACAGAAGUUAGAAUCACAAUGUAUUGCGUCUUUCGCGGACCCCGAUCUAAUGGAGUCUCUUCCAACCCACCCGUUGACUCGAGCGGAGGAUAGAAUCGAGCACCUUGCGCCCAACUUGCCUUCCCCGACGGCCCAUCUAGAAUCUCUUCAACACCCGAGUCCAGGUGCCGUGCCAGUGGUGGAAUCGCCGGAGCCCUCGCCAGCUUCAGUGCGGCGUCCAAACCGGACGGGCGAAUUCGUUCGAAGGCCAAUCCUCCUGCGGAGGAACAGCGACGGCGGAGUGGUCGGAGCACGCUCGUCAGCCUCAGAUAUCGAGCCUCAUUUGGACUCUUCCCUGAGAUCGAACCCCUUACUGUCCAUCUUGAAGUCCAGCCCCCUCAUCUUGGACAACUUGCUAUCUCAUCAUCUCACCUUUGAGAAAUCUACGCGCCAAAAUACUCGAGCCAACAGGAGCAGAGACUUGUUCCCCCGCUCGACAACUCUAGACCAAGCUUCAAGCUUCCCACGAAACCGUGUUUCUCAAUCACAAUCAAGGGACCGCAGUCUUACCUUCGCCCUCCAGCGGACCCCCGCCAACAGUGACCAUCACGCUGUAGCAGAUAGGGGUCGGCCGACACUCCGCGGACUGAUGGCUGACGACAUUCAAGUGUCUCCUUUCUCGCACAUUGACACCCUUCAUCCCCAAAGACAUGACCAUCAUACACUCCUACCCGGUCAACUGGGAUGGAUUGCCGGGAUGGAGCCCGAGUCGGCAGGCCCACAAACAGAGGCGCAAACGUUCCAGCAGUGGAAGAUGGGCGGGGUUUCACGUGGAGAGGCUCCAGAGCAUGACUCGGAUGGCUUGAGGCGUCGGCCCAAGCCGGCUAGGUCAACCUCAGCGGUCCAAGGUACUCAUCAUCAUCGUGGACAAUCGGGCUCAGUCCCAGCCGGCAGCCACCGACACCGUCCUAGUCAACACUCAAUCUCCGGCCAUAGCGCACUGGGACCCACGUGUCGGAGGCGGUCCUCCUUCGUCGGUCUGCCCCGGACAUCUUCCACGACCGACUUUGGGGGGUUCCCGAACCCCGCCUUCGUCCUGCUCAAGCGACUCGGGAAGGCCCUCCGCCCGGCUCAGAACUCCCAGCACUCCCUCAAAUUCGUUCGCACUUCCAGUCUCGCCGCCCCCGCAUUUGACCAGAAUGAAAGACACAAGCUCGCCGAGUGGCUCUUCGGUCGCGGCGCUGGAAUGAUCUCAGAGCGGAUUCGAGACGUUAAAACGGUCUCUUACAUCAAGUUUAACGCCAUUGUGGGUCGCAAUUCGAACUUUCUGACGUUAACGUCAGCCCAAGAAGAGGAACUAGGAGGUCUAGAGUACCGAGCCCUAUCGAUGCUAUUGAAGGUGGUCAUUGGCUACUGGACCAUUUUCCAACUCAUGGCCAUCCUGAUCCUGAUUCCGUACCUGGAAACACCAAGGGGCAACAGGCGGUUUUCUGAAGUGUUUGACGGGCCUGGGGGAACGGACAGGGUGUGGUAUGCCAUAUGGAUCACCUGCUCGGCCUUCACCAAUGGAGGAAUGAGUUUGAUCGAUGCUGGCUUCACAGUCUUCCACGGGGGUUAUCUCUUGAUGCUGGUCUGUUCAGCCUUGAUUGUUGCGGGGAAUACUGGAUACCCGAUUAUCCUUAGAGCGAUCAUCUGGACGCUCUCAAAAAUCUGCCCAGAGAGUACCCCAGAAGAACACAAAAAAAGGAUUAUCGUCGGUCUACUCCAAUCCCUGUCAGUUCGAGCAGCAGGGUUCUCAACAAUUGCCCUCGGGGAUCUGGCGCCUGCCGUCCAAGUCUUGUUCACAAUCAUGAUGUACAUUGCCGUUUACCCUAUCGCAAUCUCCAUUCGAGCAACCAAUGUGUAUGAGGAGCGAUCACUAGGAAUUUUUCAUGUGGAGGAUGAGCCCGACCAAGACAGCGACGAUGAAGAUGAGAUGCGCGCACAUGAUAGAGGCAGAGACGGGCGCCGGACAGUCCCCUCCGAGCACCCGCUCAAUCUAGACCAUUUCCCACAUUCCUUCUCCUCGGCACUUGAUGAGACUCCUAACUCAAACACAUCCCUGAGGAACAAGACGCAGAAACCAAGGCUCUCUCACUCUCAUCGGUUCUCAUCUAAUCCCGAUCGUCGCCAUUCUCGUCUGGAAAGGAGCGAAAACACACAUUCGUAUGACCGGCAGGCUGAUUGCGACAGUCGGAAUAGCACCCCGAGUUAUCUGGCCCUCCAUAUUCGCAAGCAGUUGGCCUUUGACAUCUGGUGGCUUGCUCUCGCCGUCUGGUGCAUCUGUAUUGCAGAGAGGAGUAAAAUUGUCACAGCUCAAGCUACCGACAGCGCCUCCUUUAGCAUCUUUUCAAUCAUGUUCGAAGUCAUUAGCGCUUAUGGCACGAUUGGCUUGAGUGUCGGUCUGCCGGACUCGCCCACUUCCAUGGUCGGCGGCUUUUCAAGCUUCAGUAAACUUGUUGUCAUAGCUGUGAUGCUCAGAGGUAGACACAGAGGCUUACCAAUUGCGAUCGACCGAGCCGUGAUCCUACCCUACGACAAAUCCAAGCCAGACGACCAAGACCGUGCCGAAGAAGAAGAACUGGUCGAGGAUGUCGAAGACCAGACCCCGUCGGAGGAACGUCCAGAGAUCCAGGAGCGUAUCUUCAAUCAAAAACUUCCCGACCUCGAAUCCCAAUAA